GGACCGGUGCAUUGUGGGACAGCGGCAGGAGAAGGCAGUGGUUCCGUAUUUGGGGGUUUGGACAGCGGCUAGCUUCGAGUCGCGUUCCCCGUGCAGCCCGCCGGACGGAAUGGAGGAGAGCGGGAGUCCAGCGUCGACGUUUCUCGGUGAAAAGACCUCGCGGCUUCUCCAGUUCUAGUCUCUUUAGUGUGUAACGCCGGUACCAGGCAGUGUUGGAUCCACACUCAGAGCAGUCAGCUGAGGAGGGUGCCGGCAGAGAGGAGGCCGAUGAACACGGUGGUUCAUGCACACUGCAACCCUGCUGCCUCCCAGCACCGGUCAUGCCUUAUGAAAGAUUCAUUCACCACCAAUGACAUUCCAGUGGGAAAUCCAUGUUUACAGCAACUGUUCAUUUUGCCAACAAUUAGCCUCCUCUCAGCUUCUGUUUAAUCAAGCCUGAUCACCGUGCACAGCACCAACACCUCCACCGCAACCCUCCACAAUCAAGUUCUCUCCCUUCGCAAGAGGCUGAGCCCCUAUCAUGAGAUUCCGAAUCUACAAGAAGAAGGUGGUGAUACUGACUCUGGUGGUUGUCGUCUGUGGCCUAGCUUUCUGGAGCAGUGGAAGGCAGAAAAAGAACGACGAUGCAUCAGUCCCCAAAGAGGUGGAGACGGCGAAGAAAGGCAGCAGCAUUAGCAGCAGCAGCAGCAGCAGCAUCAAAAACAAUAUCCAGGUGCAAGUCACGCCCGCAGUGAGCCGGGCACCUGCUCCACCUCCUAUUGUACAAGUAAAUGACACACAUCUGGAAAAAGUAAAGGAAAAAGAGAAGGUCCCCAAGCCAGAGGUAGAUAACACCACUUUAGUCUACCGUGGCAUCGUCUUCCAGCUAAACUUUGACCAGACAAUAAGAAAUGAGGAGAAGUUUAAGACCUCGCGACAAAAAGACAGUCUUGUUGUGGUGGUUCAGGUCCACAAUCGACCAGACUACCUUAAGCUUUUAGUGGACAGUUUGCGGAAAGCUAGAGGUGUGGACAGCAUACUGCUGAUAUUCAGCCAUGACUUCUGGUCCCCGGAGAUAAAUAAAGUGGUGGCUUCUGUCGACUUCUGUCAAGUCCUUCAGAUUUUCUUCCCCUUCAGCAUCCAGCUGUACCCACAGGAGUUCCCAGGACAUGACCCCAAGGACUGUCCCAGAGACAUUUCCAAAGACGACGCCUUAAGCCUGGGAUGCAUCAACGCAGAGUACCCCGACUCAUUCGGUCACUACCGCGAAGCCAAGUUCUCCCAGACCAAGCACCACUGGUGGUGGAAGCUGCACUUUGUAUGGGACAGGGUCCGGGUCCUCAAGGACCACAAGGGUCUGGUCUUGCUGAUCGAAGAGGACCACUACGUGUCUCCGGACUUUAUCCACCUCUUGAAGCUGAUGUCCGCUCUCAAGCGGGAGCAGUGCACAGACUGUGACAUCCUCACACUUGGAAGCUACAGCCACAUUGGCUACUCCAGCAAAGCAAACAAGGUGGAGGUGAAGGCGUGGAAGUCCACUGAGCACAACAUGGGGAUGGCCCUGUGCAGAGAGACCUACCAGAAGCUCAUCAAGUGCACCGACACGUUCUGCACAUACGACGACUACAACUGGGACUGGUCCUUGCAGCACUUGACUGUGUCCUGCCUGCCCUCUUACUGGAAGGUCAUGGUGAGCGAGGCGCCACGGAUUUUCCACGCCGGCGACUGCGGCAUGCAUCACAAGAAGGCUUCGUGCAUGCCCCUCAGCCAGAAAACCAAGAUAGAAAACAUCCUACAGAGCAGCGCGAACCAGCUGUUCCCAAAGAGCCUCCUGAUCGCUAAGAGACUGCCAUCCAACGGGGUCGGGGGGGUGGCCCCACACGUGAAAAACGGUGGCUGGGGAGAUAUCAGGGACCAUGAACUCUGCAAGAGUUACGUUCGAUUACAGUGACCUUAAUUGCUACUAAUUAUAUAUUAUUGUCUCUUUUGCAUCCUCUACAAAGAAAAAAGCCUUUUAAAGUAAAUCUUUAUGGAAUAUUCUUCAUAUUGCCUGUUUUGCUGGACUGUUCUAAAUAAAGACGAAUGUUGGAUUUUUGGCUUCUUGAACAGAAA